AUGACAGAACAGAUUAGCCAUAAAAAAAGUAACGAAGGGAAUCCCCGUGCAAACACGCAGAGUUCAGAACAACAAAAACGAGAACGCCGACGUCAAUUAAAAGAAUUCUACAAAUUAGAAAACCCUCCUAAAAAACAGGAAGCUGAUACAGAUUCUACUAGUUCGACCAUACUUGAGAGUUCCAUUGAACCUGACACCACAAUACCUGCUUCAACAACACCCACCAUCAAAGAUCAUACUUUCCAGUGGUUAUUGCAUACUCACAAUUCAUUGCUUCAGAAGGAACUUGAAAGUAACAAUGCCAUUAAAAAUACUAUCUACGAAAACUACGUAGACUUGGUUAAAGUCCAUGAAUUGCUUGCCAUAAAAUCAGCUCGUCAAUCGCAUGUCUCUGAACUAGAAUCGAUCUUAAACGAGAUUAUGGAGUAA